AUGCUUGAUACGGGAAACUUUGUGCCAGCAAGCCAAGCUGCUGUCAAUUUGGGGCAGAGUUUUGAUCGAUCAACAGAUACAAUGUUGCCCACACAGAAUCUGAGUAUAGGUGGGGAACUAAUUGCUCCCUACCUAGAAAAGAAUUAUUCAGAUGGAAGAUUCAAGUUUGUUCUACAACCUGAUGGGAAUCUCCUCCUGUACACCACAAAUUAUCCAUCAACUAUCAAUAAUUUUUCGUAUUGGUCAACCCAAAGUUCCAUAGGCAGUGGUUAUCAGGUGAUCUUUAAUCAGUCUGGCUAUAUGUACCUUAUAUCAAAUAAUGGUUCUAUAGUUAAUUCUGUAUUUUCUGAUUCAGUAUCAAUACAAGAUUUCUACCAGAGGGCAACCCUAGACUAUGAUGGAGUUUUCAGGCACUAUGUCUAUCCAAAGACUUCUGCUUCAAGUAGCAGAAACUGGACUAUGGCCUGGAAUACUUUGUCUUUCGUACCGAUAAAUAUCUGCCUGAGUAUAGAAGGAGAUGGAGAUGCUGGCAAUGGAGGUUGUGGUUACAAGAGCUCUUGCAAAUUAGGAGAGGAUCGAAGACCAAGUUGCCAGUGUCCUUCUGGUCACACUUUCUUCAAUCCAAAUGAUGAGAGGAAGAGAUGUAGUAAGCAAAACUUUUUUUGCACAGGAUUAAACGGAAGCUGUUGGAAGAAGAUUAUCCCUCUCUCGAACAGGGGAAUAGAUAGAAGCAGUGGUGGAAAAGCCAUGAUAAAAGUAAGCAAAGGCAACUCCACUGCUGGUUCAAACUCAAAGAAGAAAGAUCAAUCAACUUUGAUCACAGCAGGCUCGGUGCUUUUGGGUAGCUCCGUCUUUCUAAAUGUUCUCUCACUGCUUGGGAUCUAUGUGUUAUUUUUUGGAUUGAACGAACAAAAACAAAAAAUGAUUCAGCAACCUAAUGCCAUGCAAGACAUCAUGAAUCCGAACUUUGAGCUUGAUGUAAUGGAAGAAGAUCAGAUAGUUCUUGCAGACUGGGCAUAUGAUUGUUUUAAAGAACGAAAGUUAGACCUUUUAGUGGAACAAGAUGAAGCGGCAUCGGAAGAUAUGGAUAGAGUGGAUAGGUUUGUGAUGGUAGCAAUUUGGUGCAUUCAAGAGGAUCCAUCUUUAAGACCUGGAACAAAGGAAGUUGUACAGACGUUAGAAGGAGUCGUUCAAGUCCCUAUUCCUCCUGAUCCUGCGUCAAUUAUCAGCUCAAUCUAA